ACCGAUGUCCUUAAGAAAGUCCAGCUGGUCGAAUCCCAACUAUCCGACGAUCCAGUCGCCCAAACCCACGAUCCUGUUGGCGUCGUAUUAGAUAACGCUACCCGUUGGCUUUCCCAGCUAGCCAUGAUCGACCGGGCCCUCGUUUUGCAGCCGGUUUACCACCCUUUCAUCCAACGAGCGUUGAGUGAAUUGAACAAAGCGAAUCUCACGAAAAGUGGCUCUGUUAGGAAGGGGGCCAGGAUGCCGUUCUUUUUUAAGGGAGCAUUUUUAUACUAA